AUGUGCGGAAUAAUCGUGGCCAACUCCACAAUUCCAGAAAAAACGAAAAAAAUGGCCAUGAACCGUGGACCUGAUGCCAUAACCGAGACAAAAGUGAGCAAUUUCACCUUUAUUUCCACCACUUUAUCAAUACGUGACUGUCCUACAAGGAAGAAUGGCGAAAGUAUUCUGUUGUACAACGGAGAAAUAUAUAAUGGCGCACCUAGUGACACUGAUUCUGUGCAAGAAUGUCUAGAAACUAUCUGCGAGUGCGCGGAGUGCUUCUGUGUGGUAAAAAAGGUGUACGAAAUGGUAAAUGCAUAUGAAAACGAAGUGGCCAUUUGCUUUUAUUUCAAGAACUGCAUUUACUUUUUCAAAGACGAUGUUGGGAGAAAAAGCUUUGGCUUCACAAUUACUGACGUUUUCUAUGCUGGAUCCGUGGGAUUUGAGAUCGAGGCCAAUCCAAACCUUCUGUACCAAUAUCGGUUACGGGACCAUAAACUUCUUUGUGUACCUAAGGAUGAAAAUACUACUUGCCAUAAAGGACAAGUCUGUCAGCAGAAUGAGAUAUUGCACGGGCCUUUUCUUCUUAAACAAGGUGUGGUACGAAUCAACUGGUGCGAACCGAAAGAUUUAGAAUCACAGGCGAGAAUACUGGAAAAUCUUCUUAUACAAAGCUGCCGGCGAAGAGUGCAUCGUUUUGAUAGUGUGAUACUUUUUGGUGGUGGCAUUGAUUCGUUGAUCGUAGCAAUGGUGCUGAACAAAGUUUUGGAAAAAGAAAAGGCAAUUUAUCUGGUCAACACUUCUUUUGACGAAAAAAAGAGCUGGGACAGAUCAUACGGUCUGGCGAAUUACCAGGCACUGUGCGAUGUCUACAAAGAGAGAGAAUUUGUGUUUGUAGAGAAUGAUGUUUCGUUAGAAGAAGUGAGCUGCGUUUUACCUAUGAUUGAAGCAUUGGUAUACCCCAAAACAUCAGUUAUGGAUGUAAACAUAGGCUUGUGCCAUUACUUUUCUGCUAAAAGAGCCAAGAACUACACUAAGGUUGUGUAUACAGGGAUGGGAGCGGAUGAACUUUUUGGUGGCUAUGCUAAGUAUUUGAAAGGUGUAAAUAACGCGAGAUUGGCCAUUGAUCGUGAUGUUAAGACGCUGUUUAGAGAUAAUAUUGGUCGAGACGAUAGAAUAAUUGCUGAUAACGCGGUUGAGAUGAGAGCACCAUUUUUGGAUAAAGAUGUGGUGAAAUUCGCACUCGGUCUAGAUUUGCCCUAUCUUGUAAAUGCUGGUGAGCAUAGAAACGAACAGUGUGGAAAAGUAAUACUGCGCAAGAUUCUCAGCUUAUCUGGUUUUGAAAAUGAAUCUGAAAUUAGCAAAAAAGCUGUGCAGUUCGGAUCGGGUCUCAAAAAACAGGAAAAGAAAUUUAGAUGAUCCUUAGUUUUUUGAAUGAUCGUUGUUUGUACAGACACUCCUAUGCAACUAUCUACGUGUUUAGCAGUACUUUCUAGAGAAAUUACCUUGUGCAGAUGUUGCAUGAGUUCUUUAGCGGUUGCUCAUGGUAGUGUUAUACGGUUUUACUGCACUGUAAGUGCAUUUAAGUAAAUACGGUGGUAAAUUGAAUUGCUAAGAGGAUUAGAAUGGCAGUGCCGGAGAUACUUUUUAUUUCCACUGCAUACGUUGAAGAAAGUAAAAAUU